AAACUGAAACACACAGAGCUCGCGAGUUUAGUUUGGGAAACAUUGCUGUCCGUAACGGUUUAAGGCGAAAAUCGUCGGUGUAGUGACAAGUCAAUAACAGAAAUAAUAAAUUACCGCUGAAAUAAAUAUCAAUCCACUUUCAUGCUGUUAGAGCACGUGUUUAGUGAUUAAUAUUCGAAAAAUAUUACUAAAUAAACUUACUACUCGCGUCCCGUAGUCAGAGAACAAAUAUUGAGCGAAAGAUAAGAAGCAAUGUCGAAAGUGCAAUUUAAGUUUGAAGUGUGAACUGUUACGGUAAAUGCAUUAUCACAGCGGUAAUCCGCUCAGCUUCUAGAAUAACAAUAGUGAGAGUAUAAGGAAAAAUUACAAACGAGUAGAAAACUUAGAAGCCGCCUACAGAUCUUACGAGUGCGUGCCGCGUAAAGUAGCGAUCGAAGCGAAUCAACGAAAUCAUCGCGUCAAGUGUAUAAGCAAGAAUAAGAGACUACUGAGCCCCUGUGCGCAGGUUUAAUCGAAUUAAGUCACAUCAAAGUCCGUAACGCAACGCGUCGCGAUAUCCAACCGCGUUAAUAAAGACACAAUGUGCCACAACUGAUAGCCUCGACUCGAAAACAACACAAACAAGCUGGUUGAUCGUUCGCCACUUAAGUUUUGAAAAUAUUCUAUUCGGAUUAAGUUGACCUUCAGCGCCAAUUGUAGCGGUAGAGCGCGUAUCAUAAAGCGCACACAGAUUAGCACACUUGCUGUCUACUUCCCUGCAUACUUUUCAAUCAAUUCCGACACAACUUUUCCAACGUUGCACACGAUGGCUACAAACACGGAAAUACUACCCUUUCAGCAUCACACAACAAUUUCUCUGCAGACUGCCGCUGCACUGACCAACUAUCAUGGUGGCGGUGGCGGCAGUAAUGGCAGUGGCAAUGGUGCCACUGGUUCCGUUCUCCCAAAUGCUACACAGCUGGCUUGGAACAUGGAGGACUGCCUCUACCAACAGACUGAACUUCCCGCCCUCACACAGCGCGCCCAUCAUUUACUGCGCUUCACACCCUACGCGAUGCACCAUCGACCCCAACUGCAGACAUUACCACCCGCGUUGUACCUCCAGCAUGCUGCAGCUGCCGCCGCUGCUGCGGCCGCACAUGCGCAGCAUCACCACCACCAUCAUCACAUGCAGCAUAGGCCGGCAUCGCCGGAGAGUCCACCGCCUGUUGAGGGUACACACAUCAGUAAUCUCUUCCCCGAAAUACUCGAAAUGAUCUUCCAGAAAUUGCCGGUGCGGGAUUUGGGUCGUGCGGCUCAGGUCUGCGUUGCUUGGCGUGAUGCCGCGUACGCCAAGAGUGUGUGGAAGGGUGUUGAAGCUAAGCUGCAUCUGAAGCGUUCCAGUCCUAGUCUCUUCAAUUCGCUGGUGCGCCGCGGCAUAAAGAAGGUGCAAAUACUCUCGCUGCGCCGUUCGUUAAAGGAUCUUGUGCUGGGCGUGCCAUCACUAGUCUCGUUGAAUUUGAGCGGUUGCUUCAAUGUGGCCGAUGUGAAUUUGGGUCAUGCUUUCUCUGUGGAUUUGCCGAAUUUGAAAGAACUGGAUCUAUCGCUAUGCAAACAAAUCACCGAUACGAGUCUCGGACGUAUUGCGCAGCAUCUAAAGAACUUGGAGACACUUGAACUUGGCGGUUGCUGCAACAUCACCAACACCGGUCUAUUACUCAUCGCGUGGGGACUCAAAAAACUGAAAAAUUUAAAUUUACGUUCCUGUUGGCACAUCAGUGAUCAGGGUAUUGGUCACUUGGCUGGCUUGAGUAAAGAAACAGCCGAAGGUAAUCUGGAAUUGGAAUACCUUGGUCUACAAGACUGCCAACGACUCAGCGACGAGGCGCUCGGUCACAUAGCACAAGGUCUAACGUCACUAAAGUCAAUAAACCUGAGCUUCUGCGUCUCCGUCACGGACAGCGGCCUCAAGCACCUGGCGCAUAUGCCCAAACUCGAACAACUUAACUUACGUUCCUGCGACAACAUUUCCGACAUCGGCAUGGCGUACCUCACCGAAGGUGGCAGCGGCAUUACCUCACUCGACGUCAGCUUUUGCGACAAGAUUAGCGAUCAGGCGCUCUCACACAUCGCACAGGGUCUCUAUCGUUUGCGUUCGCUCAGCCUGAAUCAGUGCCAAAUAACCGAUCAGGGUAUGUUGAAGAUCGCCAAAUCGUUGCAGGAACUGGAAAACCUAAACAUCGGUCAAUGCAGUCGCAUAACGGACAAAGGCUUGGAGACACUUGCGAAAGAUCUGGUCAAUCUGAAGACGAUUGAUUUGUACGGUUGCACGCAAUUAUCCUCAAAGGGUAUUGACGUCAUCAUGAAAUUGCCGAAGCUGUUAAAACUGAAUCUCGGCUUAUGGCUCGUAAGAUGAUGCGUUUCACGCAACAAAAAUCCGUUAUGCGCCAAAUAUACUGCGCAACAAUGCAACAUAGUUUGUACUUCAGACUCCAAAUGGAAGCGCAAUUUCGAAUUUGGACGUUCUAUGCGCAACGUGGGCAAUGCGCUAAAGGGGUUAGUAACAAAGUCGGUAGCAAGCGCGCAAUUCGAAGACAUUUUCUAACAUGAACACACUUUAUUCACGGACGACUGAGGUUAUCCAACAGCAAAGCCAACAAUCUGCAGUGUUUAAGUUUUGAUCUUACCUCACGCCUAAUUGCUUUUAUAGAAUUUAAAGCCAGCCACCGUGCAGCUGGGACCAUCAUGAGUCCGGGAAUAAUGCAACAAAGCGGCAACCCAUAAUUAUGCAAAACUCAUACUCGUAUAUAUGUUGGCCUGUCUGUAUACUACAUAUAUGUGCAUACACGAAUGUGAACUCGUCCAGCCACAAAUGUGUAUCGCAAGCAUGCAAACUCGCCAGCACGAGGCCCAGCGCUGAAGAUGGGGACUACACAGCGUUGGAAAUAUAAAGAAAAGACCGACUCAAAUAAAACGUAUAAAAUUUGUAAAAAACAUGUUCGAAAUAAUAAGAGUGGUACAAUAUAACAAAGCCAACGCAGACCGUCAUAAAGCGGCAGCAACAACAACAACAUAUGCAUGACUUUCGUUUCUCAUAAACACGGCGUGUACUAAAUUUAAAACAGCAAUGAAGAACCCAAUAAAAACGCGCAUAGGAAAAAAAUUCAACAAAGUGAAACGAAACACCAACGAGCAAAACAAGGCUGUGCCAGCAAGAACGGCAGCAACAGCAAUAGCAACAGCAACAACAAUAAAUACAACGAUUAACGUGGACGCAAAGUCAGGCUCGCAAUGCAGCACAGUCCAACAGACAGAUAUCACACAGCAGUAGACCAUGCGGACAGACAAAGCACAGACACACACACAGACAUAUAUAAAUGUAUGUAAGUCUUCAUAUGUGUAUGUAGUAUGUGCAGUUGCGCUGGAAUUAUGGCUACUGCAAAGGCUGCUCGCAUGGUUGCCUUGUUGGCUAUGGCAGUACCCCAACCAAUGCGACUUGACUUAUCUUAGCUGGCUGAAUACAUGGACGUCUGGCUAACCACGGGCAUUGGUUUGCGAUGGCGGCUGACCGCUUUUGCCGCGCUUACUUUGCAUACGUACAUACUCAGUCUGCAUGUGUGUAUUUGAGAUGCGUGCAGACAGCAAAUACCUCGUCGGCAAUUUUUGACGAGCUGCUAUGGCUGGCGGCCAAGAGCUGGAGUUGGCCGCAUGAGAAUGUGAGUGUGAAUAGAACACACGCGUAAGAGCAAAAGUAACGGCCAUAAAGCACUUUAAGCAGUACGCGAUUGAGUUGCAAUUAAAUCACAACAAAAACAGAAACAACAUGUCAACAGUAAUCUAGAAAAUCAACCUGCGACUUUCGUAACUAAAUGACAUACACCAAACGAACAACAAAAAACAGCAAUUUCAAUCAGCACAAUGAAAGUCAAAGUGAAGCAUGGAAGUAAAUUUAACAACAAACACAGGAAAUAUUUGGAUCCAACAACAAAUCGAUGACAGUUUUCGCGCAAAAACAGGAAUGCAACCAACAACAAGACAACAAUUAGCUAUGCGAGUCCAUUGGAAGCUACAGCGACUUAGUAAUAGAAGCUGCAACAACAACAACACAACAAUUGGCGCGGCAAACAGUCAGUUCUAGCGGUGCAAGGUUCGCUUUUUAGUUCACCUUUAGUGUAUCAAGUUAAGGCUGAGCUCAUUUUUUAACAAUGUUAAGGCACAACAACAGCAAAAUUAUAAUAAAAAAGGCACACACAAACAAUAGCAAAAGUAAAUGCACGAACGACCCUCACUUUUGUCUGUCACACACACACACGCGCAAGUUGUAUGAGACAAGCACAUGAACACCUGUAAAGCUUAACAACAGCACACACACACAUACAACAAAAAUACUGAAAAGGUCCAAAAACAAAACAAAAACAAUAGGUGUGCAAAAAAGCACACGCUUAAAGAGUGCAUAGAAAACAUUAAAAAAUAUCAAAGUCAGAAUUGUUGGAAACAACAACAACAGCGUGACGCGCCUUAGCCGCGCUCGUUCUGUACUGUACACCAUGCAACAAAGCGCAAGCAUGCGAAAUCAAAUGAAAUGAAAUUAAAAUGCUGAAAUUAAAGCAUUAGACACAGUUGAGUUUUUGCUUUGUUCUUGGAUAUGUUUCCCCUUGUAAUAACAAUGGCCAUUAAUUGUUUGUGAAUUUUUGAAAAUUUUAUGCGAAAUUUUAAAAAUACAUAAAAUUUCAUAUGUAUAAGCUCGAGUGCGGCAAUGUGAAAUGGAAACGGCAAACUCUUAUGGAAUUAUAUCUUCCAACUGAAUUUUUAGCGAAAAAAUUCAAAUAAUUUCCAGUAUUCUUACACUUUGUUAAGUAGUGUAGCUCACAGUUGCUUGCAAAUGAUACGAAAAGUUGUGUGUAGGGAUUGUCUUCAAAUGUGCUUCUGUGCUCAGUACACUUCCUAGGAUGGGGUGACGUACGAAAGAGAGGGUAGCAGUAAUGCUAUUAUCUGACUGAUUUUGUUGUAACUGCAAACAUUUCUGACCCGCAACACUUCUUGCGUGAAAAAAGCGAAAUAAAAAUUAUAAAAUUUAAUAAUAACAAUAAAUGUAUAAAAAUACCAACAAACACGUAUAGUUUAAAAAUUAUUAAAAAUGUAAUGAAUAUAACAAUUUCAACAAAAAUUCUCUAAAAAAACAAGAAUUAAAUUAAAAUUCAUUAAACUAAAAGUAAUAACUAAUAACUUAGAUUAAAUUACAACUAAAACGUGGGUCAAAAAUAAAAAUUAGUUAAUCAAAUUUUCUCAGUUUGUCAUUCGAUAUUAAAAUACUGAAAUCUACUUCUGAUGCUCUUCAUCUCCCUUGCUCUUAUUCGUGAAGCUUUUACCGUUGCUAAACUUAAUUGAAAAUACUGAUAAGCGCAUGGAGCGUGGUUCGCAUUACUGGAUUUUAGUCGUUGACCAUAAGGUUAUACGGGUCGCAUAUGCCAGCAUCAAAUCAGAUUGUACGAAAUGUUUUCUACUAACGAUUUCGAUUAUUGAAAAAUCAUUUUUACUUGACCAAAAACAAAAACAUAUAAAUUUGUUCCUUUGUCGCAUGUGUUUCCUGUUAAUAAAGAAAUAUUUUUUAUUACAACAAAGUCAGUCAAACUAACACUAGUAAACGGUAUAAAAGACGUUUACCAAAAGUCAAGAAAAUGUAAUACCAAUUAGUAAGAAAAACACUAAAUAAUAACUGUUUUUAUCACUGAGUGGUAUAAAUACAAUUAAAUAUGAAGGAAAAGUCUUGAAUUGUUUAAAAACCAAUGGGGGGAAAAUAUGCUAAGACUUUCCGAUGUUUGUUAAAUUUUAUUUAAUUUAGUUUAAAGAUUAAUACCAAAAUUUGAUUGAAAAAUACACUAAAAAUGUAAAACACGAAGGAGUAAGUGCGUAGCGAUUUACUUAUGCUAAAUGUAAUUCAAGAAGCAAAAAAAGAGAACACGAAUUCUUUUCUAUUGUGAUAUAAAAAUUUAUAAAAAAUAAAUUUAAAGCGUUAGUUUUAUUAAUUAAGCUAUAAAUGUAUGUAGUAAAUCCAGAAAACUUUAAUAAAAAAGCACAGCAACUAACUGAAAGAAAAAGACAAACUGUAAAAUGUUAAACGCUGCAGUUUUAGAAAUAUCUGUCAACUAAAUAUCUGUUUUAUAUGGUUUAAAAUUUCGUUAACAUUUUUGUUUAAUAAAAAACACAACACUUGACUAGAAAAAAAUACCAAAAUAAAUUUUUUUCAAAUUGUUUGAAGUCCAUCAUUUUGGGUUUGAAACGAAAAAUCAAUAAAUCGAAACCAAACCACAA